UUUCAAUCUAUUUUUAGUACAGUAGAAAGUAUCAAAAGAUGAGCGAUGAAAGAAGUGUCCCUCGUUUGAAUGAGAGGAUCCUUUCAUCUUUAUCCAGACGAUCCGUUGCUGCCCAUCCUUGGCAUGACCUCGAGAUAGGACCUGAAGCUCCUAACGUUUUCAAUGUUGUAAUUGAGAUAACAAAAGGAAGCAAAGUUAAGUACGAGCUUGACAAGAAAACUGGUCUCAUUAAGGUUGAUCGAGUUCUAUAUUCAUCAGUUGUUUACCCUCAGAAUUAUGGCUUCAUUCCUCGAACGUUAUGUGAAGAUAAUGACCCCAUGGAUGUAUUAGUCCUAAUGCAGGAACCUGUCCUUCCAGGUUGUUUUCUUCGAGCUAGAGCCAUUGGAUUGAUGCCUAUGAUCGAUCAGGGAGAAAAGGAUGAUAAAAUCAUAGCAGUGUGUGCUGAUGAUCCUGAAUAUCGCCAUUACACUAACAUAAACCAGCUUCCCCCUCAUCGUUUAGCUGAAAUUCGCCGAUUCUUUGAAGAAUAUAAGAAGAAUGAGAACAAAGAGGUUGCUGUUGAUGAGUUUCUGCCACCAAAUACUGCUGCUGAGGCUAUCCAGUACUCUAUGGACCUUUAUGCUGAAUACAUAUUACAGACGUUGAGGAAGUAAAUUCAAGUUUCAUAUAUAUUUUUAUAUAUAUAU